AUGGAAGAAAAGUAUCCUAUUCAUUUUGCUUGUAAGAAUGGUCACUAUAAGUCUGUGGAAACUCUCCUAAACGAUGGAUAUGAUGUGAACAGCAUAGACUCUGAUGGAAGAACCCCUCUCAUAUGGGCAUGCUUGAAUGGCCACACAGAUAUUGUGAGACUUUUACUGGCUAGAGAAGCUGCUGUCAACGAACAAGGUAAAGAUGGGUGGUCUGCGCUUAUGCUAGCAAGUAGAUAUGGACAUAUCAUUAGCGUUGAAUUGUUGAUAGAAAAAGGAGCACGAGUGAACUUGCAGAAGAAUGAUGGGUUGUCUGCUCUGAUGGUAGCAAGUCGAAAUGGAUAUAGCAAUGUUGUAAAAGUAUUGAUAAAAAAAGGAGCAGAAGUGAACAUGCAAAAUAACGAUGGGAGUUCUGCUCUAAUAAUAGCAAGUCGAAACGGGCAUAGCGACAUCGUCAACAUAUUGGUAGAAGAAGGAGCACAAGUGAACAAGCAGAAGAAUGAUGGGUGGUCUGCUCUGAUGGCAGCAAGUCGAAGUGGACAUGGCGUUGUUGUCGAAAUAUUGAUCCAAAAAGGAGCAGAAGUGAACAUGCAAAAUAAUGAUGGGUGGUCUGCCUUGAUGACAGCAAGUCGAAGUGGACAUGGCGUUGUUGUCGAAAUAUUGAUCCAAAAAGGAGCCGAAGUGAACAUGCAAAAUAAUGAUGGGUGGUCUGCCUUGAUGACAGCAAGUCGAAGUGGACAUAGCAUUGUCGUCAAAAUAUUGAUAGAAAAAGGAGCAAAAUUGAACAUACAAAAUAAUGAUGGGUGGUCUGCCUUGAUGACAGCUAGUCAAGAUGGACGUUACAAUGUCGUCAAAAUAUUGAUAGAAAAAGGAGCACAGCUAAACAUGCACAAAAAAGAUGGGCGCUCUGCUCUGAUGCUAGCAUGUCAUAAUAAUAAAAAAAAAAAUGUAGAGGGACGCUUAUCUGCUUCCGAAGGUAGCAAGUUCAAAGCUGUACUCGAGAGUUUCACAAAGAGUGAGUGUCUGGAGCAAAAGUUAGUUGUGGACACUGGAUGGAAAUUAGGAGAUACGCUGUGGCUGGUGUUCAAGGUGGUGGUAGCUCUGGCAGUGUGUGGCCUCAUCAGUGCUGUGACAUUUUAUUUUGUUGUGAAGGUCACGGUAGAGGCCAUUGCUGAGACAAUUGGUAAAGCAAUCGGUGCUGUGAUUGUAGGUGUUGUAGGCGCUGUCAUUGCUGGCAUUGCGUCUGCCAUUACUGGACAAAGGGUGGCUGCGCCUCGACACAACACUCAGACACGCAGUCAGAGGAGGCCGAAUACUACUAACACCUUUAGUCUUGGUUUGUACGAUCGUAUUCGUGGGUCGUACCUUGACCAUGCCCAAUGUCAUGUGGAGUGGAACCACAAGGACGACGACACGGUGGGCGGGUCCUCUGUUACCACUAUUAAGCUAAUAUGCAAGAACUCAUCCCCGUACUUGUUCCAGACAUCAGAUAACUUCCAGUGUACAGUUACCCACACAUCCAGCAGCAUUGUGGUGCCGCAUGUGGUGGAGCCCACCCCCCUCACAGAUCAGAGCACACUCAAGGUCUCCUUCAUUACUCGUACCUCAGGGAGAUACUCAAUAGAGGUGAAGAUCAAUGGGAAGAAUGUCGGAGCAAGUCCUUAUAGCAGGAACUAUACACCAGGUCCAGUGGAUGCCAGUAAGACAGUGUUCAUUGACCAGACGGCUGUGGUGGUAGUCACUAAGGGGAUAUACAGUGCCAUGAGUGUUAUUCCCAGAGACUCUUUCGGAAAUACGGCAGCCAUUUCCCAGGAAGAGCUCACUGUGGAAAUUAGGAAAAACAGUGCCAGUGGUCCUCCAGUGAACCCUGAGUGUGUGGUGGAACGAGAACGGCAAAACAGAUACGAGUUACUGCUCAAGGUGGACGAGGAGGGCUACUUUGUGAGCUGUGUCAAAUACGGGGGGAAAAUAAUAGGACCACCUAGCUUCUCCAUAAUCUCUCUAUCAGACAAUGACAGUCAAGUGGUGGAAAAGAACGUACAUAAAAAGAAUCUCAACGUGUGGUACGAGGCUACACUCACUUCUAAAGGGAAGACCAAGACCGUCUACUGUUACAUCUCCCCCAGGCAACUGCAAGUGCGGGAGUACUUCAUGAAGAUUAUUCCCACCAGAGUGUUCAUCUGCAAAGUCUGUCCGUCUACCAGAAUCAAGCUCCACCCCGAGGCUGGCUGUUUCACCAUUGACGAUUCAUACCAAGAGCCAGUCACUCUCACCUCUCCCAGCAGGAAUGUCCUUGCUGCAACCUUCUACAAAUUUGUGCUCAAGAACAUCGGUGGCUCUGAGAAGUUUCAGGACAAGCAAGCUUUUUUCUACACAGAGCUAAAGAAGUGCCAUAGUAAAUGUAGCAGGAGUGAUCUGAAGGUUGUUGUCUCACGCUUUGACCUCCUAGAGAGUGCCCGUAAGGCAACUAAGAAGUUUGGAGUGUCUGACUGGUGUCGUAAGUUUGUGAUAGAGUUCCAGGGAGAAGAAGGGCUUGAUUGGGGUGGGGUGAGCAGAGAGUUUUUCCAUGUUUUGUCUGUGGAGUGCUUUGAUGUCUCCAACAAUAUGUUCACCAGCUUCAACAAGGAAAAUAUGCAGGCUCUGGUGCACCCUAACCCUAACAGACCAGAGCACCUGCAGCUAAAGUACUUUGAGUUUGCCGGGAGAUUAGUGGGAAAGAGUCUGUAUGAGAGUGCCUGUGGCAACCCACUCAUGGUCAAGGCCAGGUUCACGCGGUCUUUUCUGGCACAGAUUAUAGGACUCAGAAUAAAUUAUAAGUAUUUUUCAACGGACGACCCUGAUCUGUACAUAACCAAGAUUCAGUACAUACGAGAGAAUGACGUCACUGAUCUAGGUGUGGUUUUUGCUGAGGAGGAGUUCGACAAGGAUGGCCGGAAUCCGCAGGUUGUCCCAUUGAAGGAGAAUGGAGCUGAGCUAGAUGUCACAGAAGAGAAUAAGAUGGAGUACCUAGACUUACUGGCACAGCACAGACUGGCCAGGAGUGUCAAAGAGGAAAUAGAUGCUUUCUUAAAAGGUUUAAAUGAGAUUGUGCCAGACAAUUUGCUCAGUAUAUUUGAUGAAAAUGAGCUAGAGCUGCUUAUUUGUGGAAUGGGUAGAGUGAGUUUUGACGACCUGAAACGACAUGCACACAUCAGCGGGUCCAAUACUCGAUUCCGAAUCAUCUUGUCUUGGUUUUGGACAAUCGUGAGCAGCUUCACACAAGAGGAGAUGGCCAAGUUGAUUCAGUUUGUCACUGGCUGCUCACAACUCCCUCCUGGUGGAUUCACUGAACUAAACCCCAAGUUUCAGAUCACAUUUGCUCCGACUAGAGGCAGAUUACCAACUGCCCAUACAUGUUUCAACCAGCUGUGCCUCCCUGACUACGACUCAUGUGAGCAGUUCCAGACCUCCCUGAUGAUGGCUCUUAAUGAAGGAACUGAAGGAUUUGGACUCGUCUAACAUGCAAUAUAAAAUACUGUAUGUUAGCACUUAUCAGCUUUUAAAAAAGACUGUUUUUAUGUCACAAUAAUCAUGUGAGAGUUGCUUAAAGCUGAAAGCUGAGUUAAUUUAUUCUUACUCUUUGCACUGUGUUGGCAAAUCAUAAAUUAUCUCUUCCUUUCUGACUGUAAAUAAUAACAUUGUUCUUUUUUUACAGA